AUGCUUGAAAGUGCUAAUAAAAACAUCACCAAAGAUGUGGGGUCUAAAAUGAAAGGAUUUGACAGUAUCCGCGAUUUUCAAUUCCCGAAACAUGGUGAUUCCAAACCAGAAACUAACAAUAUUCGGUUAAUGGAAGAAGCAACCGAUUGUCCCAAAAAUGAUGGUGCAAGACGUUUCUCAAUCAGCAGCUCCUCAUAUUCAUCAUCAAUGUUUGGUAGAAACUCCGAAGCCGGGAGUGAUACCACCACCAUCCAAUCUCUUGAACUCACCCCAAGUGUCAGUCCUAGAAAAGUGAUUUAUAAUAACCCAUCUUCACCAACAACGGCUUUGAGAUCUAAAAGACAAGCAAGGCACUGUCGGAGCAAAUCCGAAGUGAUUUCUCUCCAAGAGUUGGAGGACAUAGGUUUGGAUGUUGGCACAGCAAAAAUUAUUCAAAAGCCACCAACAGCACAGAGAUCAUAUUCACAUAAUCACAUUAGUACCAGCCAUAGUAAUGGUAGACAUACUCCUAGAAGAUUUUCGCUACCUGUUAGCUAUCCAAUAAUUGAUUUAGAAAAGGGAGAGUACAACAACACUAGACUAGAUGAUAAUUUUCACAAAUCGUAUAAGAAUUUUUUAGACGACGACUACACAUGGAAGCCAUUUUUCAAUUCACCAGACAUUGGUGAUGUUGGGAACGUGCCAGUACGAAAGAGCUCAACGCGCUCAAACAGUUUUGAAGCGAUAUCAGAGGCGGAAGAAGAAGAUACUGAAGAAAAUAAUGAAGAAGAGACGGUAGCAGAGGACAUUUUCAGUAGUACACAGAAGAUGACGUUUCUCGAAUUUCUUGAGCAUUAUGGUUGA